AACCUUAUCUAUCAUCAGCAAUUCAAAAUGAAGACUCUAAUUGCUUCAUUGGUUUCACUUCUUUCACUUCUUUCUCUUCUCUCCUCCAUUUCAGCUGAUUCUCAUGAGGAUUUUCUUCACUGUCUAUCCCUUCAAUUUCCAAACUCCAACUCAAUCUCAAAAGUCAUUUACACUCGCCACAACUCUUCGUAUUCAUCUGUCUUGGAAUCCUCCAUACGAAAUCUACGAUUCACUACACCGGAAACCCCAAAACCCCUAGUUAUUGUCACACCAUUGCAAGAAGCCCAAAUUCAGGCAGCCAUUUAUUGUUCUAAACAAAGUGGCAUGCAUAUUAGGGUUCGAAGUGGUGGCCAUGACUACGAGGGUCUUUCCUAUGUUUCUCAUGAAAACCCAUUUGUCAUCAUUGAUCUAGUAAAUUUCAGAUCAAUCACCAUUGACACUGAGAGCAGCACUGCAUGGGUUCAAUCUGGUGCAACUCUUGGACAACUUUACUACACCAUCGCUCAGAAAAGUAAAACUCUUGCUUUUACAGCCGGAGUUUGCCCUACUGUGGGUAUUGGUGGACAUUUCAGUGGCGGAGGUUAUGGCAUGAUGUCACGUAAAUUUGGCAUUGCUGUUGAUAACAUCAUUGAUGCUCGAUUAAUCGAUGUUAAUGGUAGAAUUCUUGACAGAAAAACCAUGGGGGAGGACCUAUUUUGGGCCAUUAGAGGAGGUGGAGGUGCUAGUUUUGGUGUUAUUCUAGAAUGGAAAAUUAAGCUUCUUGCUAUUCCAGAAACCGUGACUGUUUUCACCGUAAACAGAACCUUGGAACAAAACGCAACCAAGGUUGUUCAUCGGUGGCAAUAUGUUGCGGACAAGAUUGAUGAAAACCUGCUGCUCAGGCUCUUUUUAAGAAGAGUGAAUUCCAGUACUCAACCUGGGAAGGUAACAGUACAAGCAUCGUUUGUUUCCUUGUACCUUGGCGGAGUUGAUAGACUCCUUCAAGUGAUGCAAGAAAGCUUCCCUGAGCUGGGUUUGGCGAAAGAAGACUGCAUUGAAAUGAGCUGGAUCGAAUCAAUACUAUAUUUCGCAGGUUUUAGUGGAGAAUCACCUGAUAUCUUGCUGAAUAGGACAUCUUCCCAGGGUGCUUAUUUCAAAGGAAAAUCAGACUUCGUGACUGAACCCAUUUCUGAAAAGGGGCUCAACACCAUAUGGGAAAGUUACAAGAACCUGAAGGUGGACUUCUCUGAAAUUCUUUUCAGUCCUUAUGGGGGAAGAAUUAGUGAGAUUUCGGAGUCUGAAACGCCUUUCCCUCAUAGAUCUGGAACCAUAUACAACAUCCAUUAUGCAGUCGUAUGGGCUGAAGAAGGGAAAGCUGCACUGAAUAGGCAUAUGACUUUGACCAGAUGGUUUUACAGUUUCAUGGCUCCUUAUGUUUCCAAGUCCCCAAGAGCUGCAUAUCUCAACUAUAGAGACCUUGACUUGGGAGUGAAUAACAAAGGCAACACAAGCUAUACACAAGCAAGCAUUUGGGGUUUAAAAUAUUACGGUAAUAACUUCAAAAGACUUGUACAUGUGAAGAGCAUGGUUGAUCCUGGUAAUUUCUUCAGGAAUGAGCAAAGUAUUCCAGCUGUGUGAUUAUGGUAGAUGAAUACUGGUUGUUUCGGAUCCAAAUAUACAUAGAAUCUGUUUCAUUAUAUAUCCAUAAUAAAUAAAGGAUCCAAAGGAUGUUAAGCAAAUUUGUGUAGUUAAUUAUAUAUCCAAGUGUACUUGGUUUUUAUUUGCUCAAUAUAUAUGCCAGAGGCGUUAAUCUGGUUUGCUUGUUUGAAGACUUUCCUGUUAUCAUUAUAAUCGUCAGUUCUUUUUUAUUUCCC